AUGGACCUGGAUGACUUGAACGAGCUAACCCAACGUGGCGAUGACUCAACUCCAGCUUAUAUUCAACACCACUUCCACUCCGCAACUGAGCACCACGUUCUUCAUUACAGAAUGUCUCAGCCAAUACUACAGCUGCCCAAGUCCCGCUGUCUGAUCAGGCAGUUCGUCUCUUCCCCCACAGAGGAGGAAACACUGGCCACUGCGGCAAACAACCCCCGCCUCAGCAAAUACAUGACCAACGGGUUCCCCAACCCAUAUACAAUCGCCGAAGCCCAAAAAUGGAUCGCAUUCACCAAAUCCCAGUCACCUGCCCGCGACUUCGCCAUCUGCGAUGCGGAAACCAACUCCGUGAUCGGCGCUAUCGGGCUCAAGCCGAGAACAGAUAUCCACCACCGCACCAUGGAAAUUGGGUACUGGGUUAGCGAGACGCAUUGGGGGAAGGGCAUUGCAACGGAGGCAGUGAAGCUAUUUCCGGUCUGGGCUUUUGCCAACUUUGCGCAUUUGGUUCGGCUGGAGGCGGAGGUUUUUGAGGGGAAUGAUGGGAGUAAGAGGGUUCUGGAGAAGGCUGGGUAUGUCUUCGAGGGGAGGAGGAGGCUAGCUGUUGAGAAACACGGAGUUCUGUUGGAUACGUAUAAUUAUUCCCUGCUGAGAGAGGAGGGAGAGACGCAUGAGGGUUCAAAGACGGCCUGGCCGUGA